UGAGGUAAGGGCCGCAACCGCGUCAUCAUCGAACCACUCACAUCCCUCUCCCUCUCUCAUAUUCCAUCUUCUAAAAGCUUCUGUCUACCUCUCAUGAUGUAUUUACAUUUGACACCCAUUUUUGACAUUUCUCAUACAUACCCCAAUCCCACCCUCUUCAGCCGCCUUGUGUUACCCCCACAUUCAAACCCUAACUUUGGAUCUCUCUUUCUAAUCUCUACCUCGUCUCUUCCAUGUCCAUACGUUCGAUUCAUUCAACGAUCGAUCUGACUAUCGAACCCCCAAUCUCUUGAUCAUCUCUAUUCCUGAUCUGGUUCGGAUCAGGAAGUUUCAUAAUAGAUCCGUUACGUUUUCGAUCUUCUAUAUUCGUUGACCUAACGGAUUUGAUUUUUUUAAAGUUUUGUUUUUUGAUCGAUUUUAUGUACCUGAGAAAUGUCGGUUUUGCCCAAAAGCGAUUCGAUUCAAAUUCGUGACGUUUGGAAUGACAAUCUGGAGGAAGAGUUCGGUUUGAUUCGCGAAUUGGUCGACGAUUUUCCGUAUAUUGCGAUGGAUACAGAAUUUCCAGGAAUUGUUCUUCGUCCGUUGGGUAAUUUUAAGAACAAUAACGAUUAUCAUUACCAGACUUUGAAAGAUAAUGUAGAUAUGUUGAAAUUGAUUCAAUUAGGCCUUACGUUUUCGGAUGAGGAAGGUAAUUUACCCACCUGUGGCGAUGGAAAGUAUUGCAUUUGGCAGUUCAAUUUUCGCGAAUUUAAUGUUAAUGAAGAUGUUUUUGCAAAUGAUUCCAUCGAGCUCUUGCGCCAGAGCGGGAUUGAUUUCAAAAAAAACAAUGAAAAGGGUAUUGAUGCACAGCUGUUCGGAGAGCUUUUGAUGUCAUCAGGGAUUGUUUUGAAUGAUAAUGUUUAUUGGGUAACAUUCCAUAGUGGGUAUGAUUUUGGGUACUUGCUCAAGCUAUUGACAUGUCAUGAUUUACCCGAAACACAAGCUGGGUUCUUUGCUCUGAUCGACAUGUACUUUCCAGUCGUUUAUGACAUCAAGCAUCUUAUGAAGUUUUGCAAUAGCCUUCAUGGUGGAUUGAACAAGCUUGCGGAGCUGUUGGAAGUUGAGAGAGUUGGUGUUUGUCACCAGGCCGGUUCAGAUAGUUUGCUCACAGCUUGCACAUUCAGGAAGUUGAAAGAGAAUUUCUUUAGCGGCUCACUUGAGAAGUAUGCUGGUGUUUUGUAUGGUCUAGGUGUUGAAAAUGGACAGAAUACUCAUUGAAAAAAUAUAAAAAAUAAAUAAAAAUUAAAGAGAUUAAGGAUAGCUUUUAUUGAGCUAUGUAUGUAUGUAUGUGCAUGAUUACAACCACAAUUCUAUGUACACUUUUGGUAAUGAUGUUUCUUAAUUAAGAAUCUCCCUUAUGAUAGUUUGUUUAUUAGUGUU